AUGAAAGAUGUUGCAUUAAAGGAGCUUCUUCAAGGUGCUAAAUUUUCCCAUGAAUUUCCAGAAGUUAUAGUGUUCCUUCCAAUUUCAAUAGAAGUGGUUCAUUUAUUAAAUCAAUAUCCCAAAAACAAUAAAGAUGAUGAGGAGGAUGAGUUCAAAGAUGAUUAUCCUAAAAAUGAAUACAUGGAAAUAGAUAUUCAAAGCCAGACCAAAGAUGUUGAUUCUGGUUUAGAUGAAUUUUUGGAUAUUUACAAAUUUAAACAUAAAGUUGGCCCACAGAAUACAAAUAAAGUUUAUGUUAAUGCAGCAGAGUCAAAAAGUGGGAUGAUCACAGCUAUAAAUUCACUGAAGCUCAAUUCUGCUAUUUUAAAAACUGAAUAUAAAAGGUAUGACUUUGAUCUUAUAGUUUUAUUGACUCAUUUUCAACUUAAUAAUAAAUCAUUGUAUCUUAAAAGGUUUGAUACGGUAUCAAACAUUCCUACAGAUAAGUUGUUCUGUUAA